AUGCCUCCUUAUGAGGUCUCAGAAGCGGGUUGGGGGGAGUUUUAUAUAACUGCGCGGAUAUUCUUAAUUGAUGAGACUCUGCCCCCAGUUGAGAUGAGCCACUUCUUAAGACUUAACCUCCCUGGCGCACCUCAGGGCCCAUGCGUCGCUUCAGAGACAUAUGACGAAGUGCUGAUCCACGAGCCAGCGGAUUGGCUGUAUGAUAAUUUGACAGCUGUCCCUGUGAAUGAAGUGUCUCCUCACCCUCUCAGUGCUUAUUUCUUGAAGCCCGAGGAGAGCGAACAGAAGCAGCUGCAGCUGUAUAUGGCGUCUACGAGCGGCGAGGAGAAUGCAGCAGCUGGUGGUGCUGCUGCUGCACCUGGACUAGCUAGAGCUGCCUGUCUCCCUGGGGGGGGAGACGCGUUUGCUGCAGCAGCAGAACGCCCUAUCAGCAGCAGUUUCGCUGGGCCGAUGAGCAGCACUUCUUCUUCUUUAACUGCUGUGGGGCAAAGGGGGCCCACUGGUAUGCCUGGUGCUGCUGCUGCUGCUGCUGCAGCAUACGGGCCCCCUCCAAAGUCUCCGCUGCUGCCUGCAGCAGCAGCAGGAGCAGCAGCAGCAGCACACCACGACCCGCAACAACAACAACCCCACCCCCAAAAUAAGGGGCCCAUGUCGGCUCAACAUCAUCUUGCCCAACCUAUGCAUGCGCAGCAGCAGCAGCAGCACGUGCUGCAGCAGCAGCAGCAACACCCGCAGGUCCAGCAGCAACAAUUCCUGCAGCAGCAGCAAAUGCUGCAACAACAGCAACGGCAGAUGCUGCAGCAGCAGCAGCAACCAACGCCGUAUCUGCACAAACAAACCCAUCCGACACCUUCCCCUCAGCAGCAGCAGCAGCAGCAGCAGCAGCAGCCUGUGAUGCAGACGCAGGCUAUGGGGCAGAUGCCUGUAGGGCCAGGCCCAAUGUAA